AUGAUAGUUGCUGGUGUUAAGCGUCCCAACCAAAUACACCUUGGUAUAAAAAACUCUCUCCAGUCUAUUUUAACUGAUUUUGUUUGGCUAUUAAUAAGAUCAAGAAGAAAGAUUCAAUUGAUACUUCGGAAAAAAAAGAAGGUUCGUGGGCCCACAUUACUAAAAGAAAUUUGGAAGUUGCCUCCAGGGAAUACAAUCGCUGUGCAGUUCAAUAGUCGUAACCAAGCCAUUAAGAAAGAUGGUCGCAAGCUUGAAAGCUUUCUAGGAUUUGUUGCUAGAACUCCAGAACUAACGCCGUUACAUAUACAUGAUUGGAGAAGCUUUGACAAAGACGAAAAGAAGAAAUUGGUAGAGUUUGUGAGAAAGAAGUUUUCUAUACCAACCCAUGGAGAAGAGUUUGUCAUAAAGUCAAUAGGAAAGAAAUGGAAAGAUUACAAAUGUGAUUUAAAAAGUGUUUAUCUGACAAAAUUUAAGACCAAAGAUGUGUUGUUGAAGAAUAAACCGAAUCGUAUACCAAGGGAUCAGUGGACUGGUCUAGUUUCCUAUUGGGUUUCAGAAAAAGCUAAGAGGCGCAGCCAAACAAACAUAAACAAUAGGGCGAAGCAAAAGAUGCCACACACAGGAGGAUCAAAAAGUAUUGCCACCUUGAUGGAUGAGAAGGACAUGAUCAAUGAAAAGUUGUGUAAUAGUGAGGGAUCAAAUGAGCAACCUCCUCGCUCUGUUGCUUGGGAAGGGGAUGUGUAUUGCCAAGUGUUGGGAAAUGAAAAAACUGGUUAUGUUCGUGGUUUAGGACUAGGUCCAACUCCUUCUGUACUAUGGGGUAGUAGAUCUUUUGGAAAUAAUGUUGAAGAGGACUCAUCCAAUGAGAUUGUAAAAAGGUUAGAACAAGAGGUAACAAAGUUAAAGGACAUAAACGGAAAACAAAAUGAAGAACUGAGUUUGGUAAAACAAAAUCAAGAGAAGUUGCUAUCUGAAUUAGCAUGGCUGAGAAAAGCCAUGAGUAGAAAUGCUCCUAAUGAGUUAUCUAUACAUCAGAAUAUCAAUGGAAUUUCUGAUGACCAGGUUCCCGAUGCCAAGAGUGGCCAUGAACGGGGACAACAAUCACCACAUAUGUUGUUUAAAGGACAGAGUGUUGCUGAAAAUAUUCCAUCUUCUCACGGUAUUAUUCUUCUUGGAAGGCUUCAGGAGGUUGUGGAAGUAGUGUUUGCAUUUGGAGUUGACAAAUAG